CCGCGCAAGGCCGUCGCUCAAGCACCCGCUCGUCACCUCGCCAAGUACAUCUUCCCUCGCCAGUUUGGCCUCCACAACGUCUUUACGAGCGAUAAGGCGCGCACGAGCUUCCAGAUCAUGCCCGACUACCUCGACCGCGAGGUCGAGAUCAAGAAGCUGGGCCCGGUCAAGACCCCUGAGCGCCUCAAGCCGGUCCUGCCGAUCCUCGACAAGCUCGCGACCCUGAGCGCGAGGUGCAACUACCGCAAGCUCCUCGACCGCCGGUGUCCGUCCAAGGUGCGCUCGCUUUUCGCCUCUUCUACAGCGCAGCACUGA